AGCUGGGAUUAGAAGAAUAAUAAUAACGAUGAUGAUGGUGGUAUUUGUUAAGCAGAGUAAGCGCUCAGUAAACGCCAUCGAACGAAAGAACGAACGAAAAGGAUCGGUGGACUCAUUCCCUGCCCGGAAGAGGCGGUCGGCUUAGCCGUGGGAGGGGAGACACGGAGAAAAAUACGACGUAGUCCAGUAAAACGUCUGUUCCCGCGGUUCGGUAAAUGCCGACAAGGUGCCGGGCGUCGUACCGAGUCCCCCCCGGGGGCGCGGAGACGUCGGUCGGACACGGAGACCCCCCGAUGGAGCUGGGAUCGGAGUCAGGCCGUUGCCGGUCGCGGCCGUGAAAUCUGACUUUUUUGCCGUCGAGGCCUUCCCUCCCCGUUUACGGUUCCCCGGUGACCCUGUCGGGGAACCGGAGCCCGAAAAUCUGGAUCGCGUCGGCGGGGGAUGGAUCCGCUCGCUGUUGUAUCGCACUCUCCCGAGUGCUCGGUACAGUGCUCCGCCCACGGGAGCGGCAGGAUGGAGGCCCAGAGGUGGUACCUGAAAACGUCCAAGGUGGCUUUGGCGAUCGCCGUCAUCCGCUCCAAGCCGCCCGGGAGGUCCAGCGGAGAGCACGUGCGGCUCCUGGCCGAACUCGUGGCGGGGCCCGACAGCCUGUGGAGAGCCAGAGUCUCCGCCCUGGAAGCCCAAGUUCUCCAGCUGCGCCGGGAGGUUCUUUCCAGCGGGAUCCGUUCCGGCGCCCGCCGGGGGAACGAACGUCUGCUCCCCGGGACCUUCCCGCCGAAGGAACCGACGGCGUCUCAGCGGGCCUCGGCCCGGCUGGAAGAUUCCGGCUGCUCCACGUGGGGCGACCCGCCGGCGGGCCCCGCCGCGCUCCCGCGGAAUCCCCGAGCCCGGGAGGACGGCGGCGGGGCGGGCCCGGGCCUCUCCGCCGACAUGCGGUUCUUCCAGCACCUGCUGGAGCUCAAGAACCGGACGGAGCCCGACGGCCCCGACGCCGACCCCGGCGGGAGCGACGCCUCGGCCGUCCCCGAGGCCGCGGCUCGCCUCCUGGACGGCCUGGUGGCCUUCGGCGGCGACCCCGGCUUCCCGUUCCCCGGCGUCCUGGUGGGAGCCACGGGCGCCCUGACCCGCUGGGUCGACGACCCCGAGCUGUCGGCCGCGGUCCUCCGGAGGUGCCGCCCCAAGCUGGAAGACUUGAAGAAGAUCCUCGUGCGGACCAUCCUGAGGGACGGCUCCGUCAACCGGUUCCAGAGGCAGCAUUUCAUCUACCAGAGCGUCGACCUGCUCGGCAGGUGCGGCGGGCUGAGGAAAUCCGUCGUCUCUCUCCUCUUCUCCGAAGUGAACGGCUUCAUCGAGGAGCUGAAGUCCGUCCGCCAGGCCCAGGCCUUCUACGACGUGACCCGGUACGAGAACACCUUCUGGAUCCUCACGCUCCUGGAACGACUCCUCGAGGCGGGAAGGGAAGAGAGCGGCGGCGCGAGGCCGGACCCGGAAGACCGGGAGAUCCAGACGUUCCUCCGGCAGGUCGACCCGGUCAUCCUGCAGCUGUCGGACGACUUCACGCUGUUCAGCGUGUACGUGUGGAGACUGAGUAUGCUGUUGAAGCCGCCUCCGGUUCAGGCCGUGGAAAAUCACUCCCCCCUGUAGGCGGUCGGGUUCUCUCUCCUGCCGGAGGCAGAGCCGAGGCGGUGACGGGGACGGGUCCGGUGAGGCGGCCGCUGCGUGCCGGCCACCGUUCUAAGCACCG